AUGGUAGCUCAUGCUGCCAACCAGUUUUGCCGCCCAGAAGGCCGUGAUGGCUUCGAGAUCGCUAUAAUCUGCGCUUUAACUAUCGAGCGCGAUCCCAUAGAGGCGCUUUUGGACGAGGAGUACGAGACUGAUGCUUUCUCUUAUGGGAAAGCUGAUGGAGAUCUUAAUAGCUAUACCACAGGCCGAUUAGCCAACCAUCAUGUGGUCAUUGUGUACAUGCCAGAAGUCGGCAUAACUAGCGCUGCAGCAGUUGUCGCCAAUCUCCGAUCCAGUUUCAGGAGAAUCAAGAUUGGCAUCCUCGUGGGUAUAUGCGGCGGUGUUCCGAAAGUGUCAAGCGGAGCAGAGAUCGUCCUGGGGGAUGUCAUUAUCAGCACAUCAGUAAUUCAAUUCGACAAUGGCAAGCAGUAUCCCAAUACAUUUAUCCGGAAGCACACUCUUGGGCGAUUGAAUUCCGAAAUUGGUUCGUUUGUUGGGCAGCUGUCAGGCACUCGCCUUCGAACAAGAAUCAGAGAUAAGAUUAGUCAUUUCUCUUCCCAGCUAUGGGACAAAGACGAAUUCCGCCACUCAGGUUACCCUGGACCAAUGAGCGAUAUUCUGUACCCAGCUGAAUACCGUCAUAAACACCGACAGCAGCCAUGCGACGUGUGCGAUAACUGUGCCAAUCAGAAUGAUGAGGUUUGUGAAAUAGCUCUGCGCAGCGCUUGCAGAGACUUAGGUUGUGGCAUUGAGACACAGAUAACACGCAAUCGUAUACAGGCAGCAAAGGGUAUUGCUCCCAACGGAAGCCAGACAACAGAGGCAGAUAUUCAAGAGGCGAGGAAGCCUCGUAUUCACUUUGGUCGGAUAGCAUGCAGUAACCAAGUGAUGAAGAGCGGGCAACACCGGGACGACAUAGCCAGAAAAGAGGGAGUGAUUGGUUUUGAGAUGGAGAGUGCUGGUACAUGGGAUUAUGUACCAACCCUUGUGAUCAAGAGCGUGGCUGAUUAUGCAGACUGUCACAAAUCAAAGGAAUGGCAAGGAUAUGCAGCAAUAACGGCAGCGACAUGUACAAAGGCGGUCCUGGAGGUAUGGAGAAGUACGGACUCGGUCACUGAAUAUCGCACUGAGACCCUCGGGUUUGAGAGACUCGAUCGAGUCAACCAACAGGAAUCACGAACUUCACGGGAGAGUGUGGCCCAUGGACCCGCAUAUUACAUGUAA